CUUGAGAAAAAGCACUUUCCUGCCUUAAUUACACUUCAAUAGUUGACAAAUUGAAAAUUCUUUGAACUUCAUUAAAAAAAUUAAAAAUUACAAAUUAUCACCAUAAUCGAAUAGAGAGAAUAAAUCUAAUUAUAGUGCACGAAUUUGACCGGGUCAUAUAAGUUAUUUUAAUAAUUAAAAUACAAAUAUUUAAUUAACCUAAUAUAAUAAGGUUAAACCAAACUCGAAAUUGACCUUAUAUACAAAUAUUUAAUUCACAAUUCAUCGCACCCAAACUACCAACCUGGCAUCCAACAUUAAUUUCAAAAUUUGCUGAUAAAUUAAAAAAAAAAAAAAAAGUCUCUACAGUCCACAGAGUAAGUAAAAAAACAUGUCGUUUUAUUCUUUAUUAUUAUUAUUAUUAAAAAAAAGCUGGAAGCAGCAAAAACGAGUAGUGGAAAUAACAAACAAAUAUUUGGAAGUUCAAACUGUGCCUCCGUCCCGCUCACGCUCCCUCUCCGCUUAUUAUAUGAACGCAAAAACCACGCCACUCACACUACACUCUACACACUACUCACUGCUGUCUGUUUCAAAAUAAUCACCUAAACCGCUCCGUCUCUCUCUCUAGACCUCUUUCGGCUCUCACUACUCAUAGCCUCGGAGCUCCCAAGCACACAGUUUAUUUGAGGUUUGAAGCGUUUUGAGCUAAGAUAGACUUGAAUUUUUGACGAGAUUAGGGUUCAAUGAAGAGCCAUUCGAUUUAAUUGCAAGCAUUGCUCUUCCUUGAAGGCAAGCAGAAUAUGGAUAAAGAAAAUACAGUUGCUGCCAAAUUUGAAGAGCCCAUUACUAGAAUCACACGAGCGCGGGCUAAAGCUUUGGGGACUUCAGGAGGAAUACCUCCGGUCCCAAAACCUUUUCUUAAAGAGGACCACAAGCAGCGUGCUCUUAGAGCUAAUACUAAAAGAACAGCAUCAGAUGAUAACAAAGCUUUUGUGACUGCGGUUUCUGGCCUGCAGCAUAAAAGAAGGGCAGUGCUUAAAGAUGUGACUAACUUAAAUUCUGAGAGUUCACAUGCAAAUGGCAUCAAUGCAACUAAGGACCAGGCGAAGCCGGUUGGUAUUGCUUGUUCACAAACUCGCAAUCCAGCUAGAAAAUAUUUUGCAAAGAAGAAAGUGGAGAUGGUUGAUAUCUCCAUGGAAACUUCAGAGGCUGAAGAGGAUGUGAAAACAAGGUUAGCUGAGGAAUUGUCAAAAAUAAGGAUGGUGGAAGCACAAGAGAUCACUUCACCAGCAAAGCACGGAAAUCAACAAAGAAUAUGUCAUAGCAUAAGAGAAGGAGGUGUAGCGGAUUCGACAUCUGACGGUCUCCAAAGCCCUCAAAACAAAGAAGAAAAUAGUUUUUGUAAGAAACUGGAGUCAUCAAGUGGUCAGGGUGUAAUCGACAUUGAUUCAAAUUUAAAAGAUCCUCAAAUCUGUGGCUUGUAUGCCCCUGACAUAUACAGCAAUAGACGGGUUAAUGAGCUUGACCAGAGACCGUCGACUAAUUACAUGGAAAGAUUGCAGCAUGACAUCACUCCAAAUAUGCGAGGAAUUCUAAUUGAUUGGCUUGUAGAGGUGUGUGAAGAAUAUAAGCUCGUACCAGAUACACUUUACCUCACAGUUAAUCUCAUUGAUAGAUUCCUCUCCAAAAAUUUCAUUGAGAAGCAAAGACUCCAACUCCUUGGUGUUACGUGCAUGCUAAUUGCCUCAAAGUAUGAAGAAAUUUGUGCACCCCGGGUUGAAGAAUUUUGCUUCAUCACUGACAAUACUUACACUAAAAGACAGGUACUGAAAAUGGAGAGUCAAUUACUGAAUUUCUUGUACUUUCAAGUCUCUGUUCCCACCACAAAAACAUUUCUGAGGAGAUUCAUUCAAGCAGCACAAGCUUCUUACAAGGUUCCUUGUGUUGAACUGGAGUUCCUGGCAAAUUAUUUAGCAGAGCUGACUCUCAUUGAAUAUGACUUCCUGAAGUUCUUACCUUCCCUCAUAGCUGCAUCCGCCGUGUUCCUUGCUCGUUGGACUCUCAAUCAGUCUGACCACCCAUGGAACCCCACUCUAGAGCACUAUACAAGUUACGAUUCAUCAGAAUUGAAAACUACAGUACUUGCACUUGAAGAUUUACAGCUGAACACUAAAGGUUGCUCACUCAAUGCUAUACGUGAAAAGUACAGACAACAGGAGUUCAAGUGCGUAGCAACUUUGACCUCUCCGCGACGGGUAUUAUCACUUUUCCAAAGAUGAACUAUAGCUGGCUUAGUUUAACAUCACAGCACCUUCAGUCUGUCAAUUUUGGAGGUGAUUCUGAUUCUAAUCAUCAACCUUCUUCCUUUUCUCAAUCACAAGUUUUUCAUUUUCUCAGUUCUGAGUCUGUCCAUCUUUUGUUGUAACAUCUAAUCUUAAAAUCUGGUGCUUCCAGACCCAACAGUCGUUGUAACCAGUAAUUGCAAGUGGUAACACACUUACACAAGUAAUUUAUGUGCCCUAAGCAAAAUAAUGUUCAGAACUUCCGAGUCUAGUUGGAAGUUUCUAACAGUAGCUAGAUUUUUCAGGGAAAGUGGCACCGGGAAAUUGUACCUAUUUGGAGAUCGCUUGUAUGUAAACCUUGUGAAUUAUAUAGCCAGAAAAAUGAAGAAAAAAAAAAUAGAAAGAAAAAAGAAAUACUUUUAUUUCUUUAUGUUGAUUUACUUUUUCUAUA